GCCGGCGCACUGCUGCAUCAUUUGCUGUAAGAGUGUAGUGUGCAAGCUGUGGCCCCGGGCCCCCAAAAACCGCACCCAGUAGCCCUAAUUGUUGGUGGGUAAUGGUGCGGAAAAGUAACUUGACAGUGAUGACAGAGCUAGCUAGCUAGUUACAGUCAGACGGUGUGUGAUGGUCAACGAGCACCCAAGCCCCUCCAUUUUAACGUACAAGAAAUAGUCAACAAACAAAGUUGCAUGUAUACCAACACCAUUCAUGAUGUGGACUAUCAAGCUACUGAGAGUGAACCAUGUUCCCAAGGACUUCAGGGAACCAUUUAUUGUAUCUGGGUACCGGUCAUGUCGCAGUAGUUUGGCUUCAUGUAUACUGAGUGCCUUCACCUUCACUAAUGAAACCAUCAAUUUCUGGACUCAUUUCCUGACGUCUGGUGUGUUCCUAUGGAUGUACACACAGUGGUUAUGGCACGAGCUGAGCUUUGACGUAGAUCCAUUCACCUACCCUAUGCAAGUAUAUUUGGCUUCGGUAUGCCUGUACAUGAUCAUUAGUAGCACAGCUCACCUCUUCAACUGCAUGUCAGAGAGAGCCCGUCAUCUUUGCUUCUUCUUUGACUAUGGUGCAUUGAGUGUCUACAGCAUGGCUUGUUCCAUAAUGUAUAAUACAUACAUCUUUCCCAAAAGUUUUAUGAAUACCACAUACCACAAAUUAUAUUUGCCAAUGUGUGUAUUUAAUGCCUUUCUGUGUACAGUCUUGGCCUGUAGUUCCCGGCUUGUAGCUGGAGUCAAAAGGCAGAAGCUGCUGCGAAUGACAGCAUUUGCUACUCCCUACUUGUUCUGCAGCUUCCCAUUAUUUUAUCGGGUUGUGUUUUGUGAGUUAGAUGAUUGCCAAUCAGAUGCCCAUCACUAUCAUUCUUAUCAGUUUAUGAUGAGUGGUACAACAAUCCUCAUCUAUGCUUCACAUUUCCCUGAAGUCUUAGCACCUGGUAAAUUUGAUAUCAUUGGUCAUAGUCAUCAGUUAUUCCAUAUUGUAGGUAGCUAUGCUAGUUACUUGCAGCUGCAAGGUAAUGUGAUUGAUAUGCAGACAAGGCGUAUUGAUUUGCUCUCUGCACUACCCAUGCCAUCACUGCUUAAUACAGUUGGUGUCAUACUAUUAGUUAUCAUCAUUGACCUCCUAAUCAUAGGUGCCUUCACUUGUUUCAUUUGGGACAAAUGUCAUCUGCGCAAAGUCAAACAAAAACAGGGUAUCAAGACCAUUCACAUACCCAGUGAACAUUCUAAUAACAAUCCUUGUUUAAAACAGAGUUAAGCAAUGGUUGAAAAUGCUGAAUGUGUGAAAUUUGAAAGCCACCAUUCCCGCAUUAAAUGAAUGAAAGAAGUCAUUGGAAGUGGUACGUUUAUUAACAACCAAACUUUCUAUUUGUGAAGGAAUAUGAUUGUGUAAAUUUAGGAUCAGGUCUGUGUUCUCUUUCUAUCUUAGCUGCCUGUGUUUUUGUGGAUUCAUUCAAUUGUGAAUAUAGUACUUGUUUAUGUCUGUAAGUGUCCAGUUGCUUAAAAUUAUCUGUCCAAUUGAACUAAAUACUGUAUGCAGAAAUACUAAUUAUAAGUUUUUUAAAACUUAUUUCUGCACAACAUAAGAAAGGCUUUUAAAAGCCUUUCUCAUCAGAGUGCAUCCUUCUACAUCCUUAUUAAAAUAAGAAAGUAAUCGCAUGCAGUUCUGAUUUUCAUAAAGUUGCAAAUCAGGCUGCCACUUAUUCACCCAGUGUGACCCAAACAUUGAAUGUAAACCCAAUUUCUUUUGGUAAAGAUUUUGGUAAUCAGUUGAUGGCUUAGGCAUUAAAAUAGAUGUAGUGUUGUUUGAAUAUUGUGGUGACGUGUCAGUAAUCUCCAAAUACCAGGUGCUCCUUGAAUCUAGUCAUUUUCAUGUACCUUUGUAUGUAGCUUUGCCUUUCAUGGGACAAGAUGCAUGUACAGUGUACGUUUGUAGUACUAGCAACUUAACUCAUUAGUACAAAAGAUAUUUUCAAAUGAUAAACUACUCACUUUUAUAUGGAUUUAUUUUUUAUAUACUGCCUUGUGUUGUUUUUUUAUGCAACUCUUUCAGCCUUUUGUCUCACUGGUAAAAUAUUGAGCAACUUGACAUACAAAGUACGACAGUAAUGGCUUAAAACAUUUAUUAUAUUUUAGAAGUAUUUAUAAAGUUUGUGUAUGGUGUGGGUUUGUGUAAUAUAUACAUGUAGCCAAUUGUCAUCCUGACUCUGGAAACCCAGGCAAGACAUAUUAUGGUCAUGAUAUGAAUGUUACAUUUUGUAUUCAUUCAUGAAAUACAUAAUUGUUAAUGGCCUGACUUACUGACGCUAGCAGUAGCACUGGGUAGCAGAGUCUUUCUCAAAGGCUAAUAUAUUGAUAUAGUCACCUAAUGAUAUACUGUAAUAGUACAGUACAGAUUUUUGCAGUCUUUAAAGUAACUACAUGUACAAAAAUGAUGCCUUUCAGUGGCUGUUUAGCCUACUACAUGUACACUUGGUCUUGAUGUUUUUCUUCAUAUGGACAAAACAGUUGUAUGUAAUAUAACAUUAAUUGUUCAAGUUUUUGUAAGAGUAGGCCUAUUAUUUGAACAUUCUUUUGCAGCAGGUUGUUAAAUGACUGUCUACAUUGAGUUUUUAAAACAAAGCAACAUGUUGUGGUUUCCACUCUUAGAUUGAAGUCACAAGUUAGUCUUUCAUUCAUGUUUUGUCUCUCUCCAUAACAGUUUAUGGUUGCUAGGCACUUAAAGCAACAUGAUAACAACAUGCAAUGCUCAAAUAAUCACAAUAUUGUGACAGUCAGUUGAUAUCAUUAAUAAAUGUUUGCAAUGUUUCUAUAGUUUGCAGUGUGUACAGUGCAUUAUGUUUCAAAGUUACAUGUGUGGUUACGGGUAAGAUUGAUUUUGGUAAGAUGCGUUUGUUUAUAAAUAUUGGUUUCAAAGUUUACAUAUAGUUCAUUUAUUUCAUAAUCUUAUCACAGUUGUCAACAUUUGUGCUAAUGCACAACAUAUUUAUACUCAUGGGAUACAUUGUAUGUUUAAGCGAGUUUUUUUCCUAGAGAUCUUUGCAUUGUUACACUAAAUGUAGAUCUAUGCAUUUGGUAAUUAAGAUAAUGUAUUUUUCUGUAUUGGUUUGUAACUACAUGUACAUGGUAAUUUGGAUGGUCACAUGAUUCUGCUUUAGCAAGAGUUGUGUAUGAUUAGUUGAUCUAUAGCAUCAAGGAGUGUGAUGUAAACUUAUAUCGCACAGCCCACACACCCAUUGUGUGCUCUCACUCCGCGCAUUGCGCUCUUAUAAGCUUUACGCAAAACAUAGAAGUUACUGACACUUCAAAAGUGGCGCAGUUGCUGAUCGUCACUUGCAUUGUUGAAGUUUGCUUGAAGAUAACGUUCAUUAUCACACGCGCGCUCGUGGAAAUAUGGAAAAAUAUUGCAUGUCGGCCUCGUUGGGUUGGUUCAUGCAGAAGCGCUAUAUUUGUCCGUAUCACUCACGCUUGUGCGAUAACUUAUUAUAUAUAAGGUACAUUCUGCCCUAGUGCUUCUAUGCAUGCUUUGGCAACUUGUAUACAUACCUUGAUGUGUAUUCCUCUAUGGUAAAGGCAAUUUGAAUGUGGGGAUCAGUUUAGACUACUAUGUACAUGGUAUUAUUUAGAGGUUUUCAUUCAACAAUUUAAAACUAUAGUUGUAGACAUGUUUAUUUACCCUGACCUUUGUCACACUUGAUCCCAAAUCACUGGUGCUGCCCUAAUCAUGAACUCACUCAUAAACUACUCAACUUACUUUUAAAACCUUGUUUUUGUGUUUACUCUGAAGGGAAUGAAUAAACUUGUCCCAUGUGAGACAAGAAUUUCAUACAUGAGAAACAAUCAAACAACUCACCUAAUCAUGCCAAUGUCAUAAUUUUUUAACAUUUUUGGUGUUUUAAAGAAUAUUGUAUUUUUAUACUUCAAUCAUUUUUACUGCAUGAAGUAUUUAGGACACGCAUUGAACGGCUUUAAAAUUUAGAAAUUGUAUCCUCUCCCAAUUACAGACUCACUAUGGUGAAAGGUUUAAAUACUAAGAAGUUAAUUGAGAAUCACUAUGGUGAAAGGUUUAAAUACUAAGAAGUUAAUUGAGAAUCACUAUGGUGAAAGGUUUAAAUACUAAGAAGUUAAUUGAGAAUCACUAUGGUGAAAGGUUUAACUACUAAGAAGUUAAUUCAACAUUUUUACAUUUUAUUUAAGAACUCAUGUAUUGUGCUGCAUUUUCUAUUGUUUUCAAUGAAGUUCAAAGUAAUUGUUUACAUGUUAAAGGCACUGGGCAUGUUUGGUUAUUGUCACGUAUUCCCACUUGGUGAAUCCCAACAUGCAUUAAAUAACAAACCUGCGAAAAUUUAGGCUCAAUCGGCCAUCUGAUUUGCAAGAUUUGCAAUAAUGAGAAAAAGCUCCCUUGUUGCACAAUUUUGUGUGCUUUCAGAUGCAUAAUAAAAGGAUUUUUUUUGUAAAAACCAAUAGGCCUAGUGUCCAGUGCCUUUUAGGGAAAGAUUAUACACCUUUCAAAAGCCUCCGCAGCAGUAAACACGUGAUUGCCAAACUGAUAUUGUCCAAUGAUUGUGUAUUGCAUGAAGGAUGAUAUCUGUGUGCUGGAUUAGAGUAAACCCAGACUGUUAAUGGAAAGCAUGGUGUGUUUUGCCUGCAUAGCAUGCAAUCUGCAGUGAUUAUAGUGGCUUUUACAUGUAUUGUACAGGUCACUGAUUUUUAUAAGAAAAUUACUUCAACUUUAAUUUAACUAAAUAAAUACUUGGUGAUUGCUUAAUCAUACUGUUGUUAAUAAAUAAACAUCAAAUGAACAAAAUUAAUUGAGCCCUUUUUUUAUGUGUGAAUUGUUUUUUUUGUACUUUGAACACCAGUUUUUUGUACUUUGAACACCAGUUUCAGCAACAUCUUUCAUGGCUUUGAUAGGCCAAGAGCAGUAGCCUUUGGGACCUUGACAUAGCUAUAAGGUAUGGCUUUGAUAGGCCAAGAGCAGUAGCCUUUGGGACCUUGACAUAGCUAUAAGGUAUGGCUUUGAUAGGCCAAGAGCAGUAGCCUUUGGGACCUUGACAUAGCUAUAAGGUAUGGCUUUGAUAGGCCAAGAGCAGUAGCCUUUGGGACCUUGACAUAGCUAUAAAGUAUGGCUUUGAUAGGCCAAGAGCAGUACAUGUACAAUAGUACAAAUCAUUUCUCAACUACCCUCUCUAUAUGAUAAUAGUCAAAUCAUUUCCCAACUACCCUCUCUAUAUGAUAAUAGUCAAAUCAUUUCCCAACUACCCUCUCUAUAUGAUAAUAGUCAAAUCAUUUCUCAACUACCCUCUCUAUAUGAUAAUAGUGCGUGGCUGAUUAGUGAACAAAAGAAUUAGCAUCAUGUGAGCCAAGGUUACUAAAGUGACAUAACACUCAAUGAAGCAGACAAUAAUAGGAUCAUCCAUGCGUGAUUGUUAACACCAUCUGGUUAAAACCAUCUGCAACUGUUGUUCCCCCAUCUCUGCACAGUAAUCUGAACUUGGCCGAACAUACAGCGUUAUGAGUUUUGGCACAAGUUGAAUAUUUGAUAACAUAUAAAGCUUCAAUCUGAUGUAAGCUGGGCCCAUGUCCCAAUUUCAUAAAGUUGUUGAGCCAUGGCUAAGAUUUGCUAAGCAAAGGAUGAGUGGGGCACGUACAGUUGCAACAAUGUAAACUUAAUGGAAUUUUAGGCGGUAACCAGUUUUUGUAAAGAAAGGAUUGUUCUGGGCAAUGUGUCCCUUUAAGUAAAAGACUUGGUGUAUCUCAAGAUAUGCAUAAAAUAACAUACUUGUGAACGUUUGAGCACAAUUGAUCAUUGAA